CGAAUAAACAUUUCUUCGCCCCCUGCUACUGGUCCACAACGUAGCGUCUCUACGCCUUGAGCUAUCGAUAGCAUACUGAUCGGCAGGGCGGCAAGAACGUGUUCGCCAUGGCCAUACAAUCGCCCUGCUACAUGUUCGCCAUGUCCCGCCCACGAUGUCAGACCCCACGAGUGAAUACUACAACUCUGGCCGUAAUCGUCGCUUUAUGAGCGCUUUGCUUGCCUGUGAUCGAUCUGGCAGACACCAUGGCUACUGCCUGGAGUAAAGUGCUGCUUUCAAAGACUACAGUGUUACUACUGGUUUGUGGCUCCGUUAAUGCACUGGACUUGGACGUGAAUAGUCAAGACUCGAUCAGAUCUGCUGCGUCCACAGUUGCGUACGGCCUCCAGAGCUACUACAGAAACAAUGCCUCCAAUACUGAUCCUCGAGAUGUCGGUACACUCAAUCUACCAUACUACUGGUGGGAGUCAGGAGCCAUGUGGGGAAGCUUAGUAGACUACUGGGCAUAUACUGGGGAUGACAGAUAUGUUGAGAAUACGAUCAAUGCAUUUGUUACUCAAAGUGGCCCAAACCGUGAUCUCAUGAACGAGAAGUUCUAUGGUCAGACAGGGAAUGACGACCAAGGCUUCUGGGCCCUAAGUCUGAUGUCCGCAGUAGAGAACGGAUUCCCGAGCCCUUCAUCCGAUCAACCUCAAUACCUCCAAGUCGCUACGAAUGCUUUCCAGACACAGGUGGGAAGAUGGGAUACGGCAGGCUGUGACGGAGGUCUCAGGUGGCAGAUAUUCGACUCCCAUCCAGGGUAUCCUUACAUGAACACCGUCUCGAAUGGUGCUUUCUUUCAGCUCGCUGCUCGACUAGCCCGCGCCACGAAAAAUGAUACUUUUGUUGAAUGGGCAGAGAAAGCUUGGGACUGGGUAUCAGAGAAAGGCCUCAUAGAUUCCACAUAUUGCACUGUGUAUGACGGUACCAACUCGAACAAUGGGUGCUCUAGCCAUGACUUGCAUCAGUAUACCUACAACAACGGCCUCUUCAUGUAUGGCGCCGCAGCUCUUUACGACCACACGAAAGACACCAAAUGGUCCGAUCGGGCCCAUUGUUUAAUCGAUGCUGCUGGCGUAUUCUUUACACCAUUCGACAAUGCCACGGACGUCUUGUAUGAAGCUAGUUGCGAGACUAUCGGGACUUGCAACUUGGAUAUGCAAUCGUUCAAGGCUUACUUAGCUCGGUGGAUGGCGAAGACAACCGUGCUUAUGCCAGAGACUCGCGACGGAAUCUUCACAAAGUUGAAAGCUUCUGCUUCUGCGGCAGCGCGGUCGUGCUCUGGGGGCAACGACGGUGUGACUUGUGGGACGAAGUGGUAUGUUGGGGGUUAUGAUGGCCAGUAUGGCGUUGGCCAACAGAUCACCGCCCUAGAGGUCAUCCAAUCUCUUUUGGUCGACAACGCCGGUACUCCUCAGACGUCUAGCGCUCCAUCAAUGACUCCUCAGGUCCCUGAUGAGCCUUCAAUGGGCAGAGGCAACCUCAAAGACAACUAGAAAUGACAUGUAUAUGUAUAUUGAGCCAUUGGGCCUUUGCAUGAGUAACGAAUUUUUAUACAGAAAAAUGAGGUUCUUAGAUAGGUAGUUUAGGUAGUGCAAAACCAUGAAACAUGGUCAGAUCACAGUCAGUGCUGGCAUUCAUAUUUGGGUGGCUCUAAUUGCGAAAUCGUAUGUCAUAACGUUCCUGACAUUUAGGAUUUGCAUUUAGAAAAU